AUGCCUAAUCUAUUCGGCCUUGUGCCAAUCUUGAGGCGAGAUGAACCCCAACCUGAUCUGGAAUUGGCUCAGGGUAGUGGCGCAAGUCAUAUACCCGCAACGUCGGGCGCGACUCUACUCCCACGUCCAAUGGCUUCAAUUGUUUCCUUUGUUACUCAGUCCACUUCGCUCUCCCUCAGAGUUGGGACGUUCUUCGGAGGAGUGGCCAUCGAUGGAGCAAGAGCUACCACGCUGACGGGGUUGGAGCUCAGUAGAGCAGUCAUUGAAGGCGUCCUGACAAGAGCUGGACGGGAUGUGGCCACGAGGAGCAGCGGAGAACAUGGCAAAGUAGAAGCAGAAUCUAUACUGGAGCGAAGCCUUGCCGCUCUGCACAAGUCGGUCACGUCUGCAUCGUUCUUCGUCGCUGCAACGUUCCAUUUCUCUUCUACAACUCUUUCAUCUGCUUCGAACAUGUCCCAGGCGCUUUUGUCUACUCUUGAUGCAAUACUUGGUUCAACUGAGUCUUCAAGGGCGAUAGCUGCUAUCAUAACGCUUAUCCGAAGAGAAUUUCGGAACCCAAGCGUUGAGUCUAUGACUGAUGAUAACAUUGGUGUUGGGGACCUCUUGGUAGGCACAGUUGGCUUCGCCAUGCUUCAACGCUGGGGAAGGAAAAAUACAGAACGACAAAUAAGUACGAAUGGUGGGGACGAGGCCAUCUGGGAUGUUGUCAUCUUGGAUAAUGGCGUCAGAGCAGAUGUUGUUGGGAUGCACCAGAUAGAACUUACGAGGAGGCCUCGUAGCGACUUUCACGAUGAGACGAGGCGUUCAUCUUUCAUAUCGCCUGGCAAUGACGAGGAAGCCUUCGAUGCUGUGCAGCGUCCGGCGAGUAGGGGUGAUAUGACCGAGAAACAUUCCCUUUCGCUUCCUCCAGGAGACCAUCAAAUGUCCGACGAUGAAAUCCGGUUGUAUAUUAUGAAGCAGCUUCCUCAAGGCUGUCGUGCCUCGAUAAAGACCGAUCUAGUCACUGCACGUACUAUUACAGUUGACAUCUACGAUGACGACAGCGCAGAGAUUGCUGCUCCACCCGGUACGAUGGUGAUUGAGGAAAGGUUCCGUAACGAUCAGUGCUUUGGCAGUAGUGCGGGAUCGAGCCCUCCCCAACUUCCCAAGCACACUGUUGUUUUUCGAACGGCUUUCAAUAAAUCUCAAAGUGCAGACGUGAGGCUAUCACGCGGAGACGAUAUCUCGGGUAUAUACGAGAUCAAUUCUGACCAUGGCAACCAGAGUCCUUCCUUGAGUCAAGGCAUUACGAUUACUGGCUCACCCCAUGACGCCGAGUCAACUGUCGCAAAUCACCAUCAUGCUAUGCUCCAAGACAAACCAAUACAAACUAUCCAAACUGCAAUUGAAGGUGGCAGCCAUCGAAACCCUCGUUUGCCAGGAACCAAUGGACUGGAUAAAUCUUCAUACGAGCCAACGCUGCCCGCUGAUUCAAGCAGCUCUAAACGAUACCGUGUAGAAUCUGCUAGGACCGCUUCAAACGAAGCUGACACCACUUCAAAAGGCUCGUUUGGGAAAGGCUCCCUGACGAGGAUUGCACAGAAAGUGAAGCCGGCGUAUGUUGAGAGAAGUGACCAGAGUAAGCGACUAUCGGGGAAGGAAAAGUCUAGCACACCACCUGUCCAUUCCGUCCAACGCAGCAAGGGUUCGAAAAGCUCCGUCCCUGAAAGAAAAUCAUCAGCUUCCAGACAAUCUCCCAAACCUGCCGCAGAAGCAAAACAGGAAAAGCCGCCACUCCCUUCCAAGGCUCGACUUUCGCCUAUAGCGAACCGAGGCUCACCAAGAUCACCUUUACAAAGCGCUCGACUGCCUGUCCCUUCAACAGUGCGAAGUGGUAGCGCACGGGAAACGGCCCCCGAAAGGAAUCCGAUGCCUGAGUUUUACGCAAUACACGAGAAGAAUGAAGAAUCUUUCAUGAAGCAAACGGAUGCUUAUUCUACAAACGUGCGCCCGAAAUCUUCUGCAGGUGUGAGAACACAUGUGCGUAGCAGCAGUUCUAUGUCAGUCACACGAUCUGAGGCGGAAAUGUCUGUGUCUGUCAAUGAUGGGCGUCCGGGCUCCUCAAAUUUACACAAAAGUUCUCAUACGUUUACUCCCAGCAUAUACUCUUUAGCAACGGCUGGCUCGGAGACGUCACUCAUACUUGCACAUCGGUCCCGCAAGAGUGCUUACGAUGAUAUGGAAACUAUGCAAGCAUUAAGUCGCGAUGGACUUGUACCAGGAAUAUUUCCCGAAAAGCAUUUUGUGCAGAAUAUCAGGCGUUUCCUCCGGUUUUCCUCAGCAUCUUAUGGAUCAAAUGCCCUCAAAGUCAUGGGUGUUCCACCAACGACCAAGGCUCUUGCAUCUCAAGAAUCUGACAGUCGAGAGCAUAGCGACUUCUCAGAUCACACUGGCCUGCCGGCUUCGACAAUACUUCUCUCGUCCUUUGUCGAUCCCGCGGGUGGGUCAAACGCUGCUGGGGAGACGGAGACUGGCUUUCCUCUAGUCCAUUACCUGGGAACAUGGGGCUUCGAAGAUAUCCUCACAGAUAUGACCUGUGAUUAUGAUGACCUGGUAUGGCAAGGAAAGAGCUGGAAAGUUCACAAGGGUAUGCAUGCUUCUGCGCAACGACUGUUGAUGGGGGGAGGUGGAAAAGUUAUGAUUACACUUCGAGCUGCUUUGGAGGAAUUUUCAGAUUACGGCGUGGUACUAUGCGGUCACUCGCUAGGCGGAGGCGUUGCUGCAUUAUUAGCUACGAUGAUAUCGGAACCUACGAAUGAUGGCUUCGGGACAUCGUUUGUGACUACUUCAUAUCAAGCCACUGCGCAACGUUUACUCCUAACUGGAAGUAGCGAGACGAAUCAAAUGGCUUGCUUUCUUCCCUCGGGGCGACCUAUACAUGUUUAUGCAUAUGGUCCGCCUGCAUGCAUGUCCCCUUUUCUUCGCCGUGCGACACGAGGGUUAAUCACGACGAUUGUUAACGGUCAUGAUGUGGUACCCAGCCUCUCUUUAGGAAUUUUGCAUGAUAUGCAUACGGUGUCAGUGGCUUUCAAGAGUGAUGUUUCAGGAACUAAGUCGCACGUACAAGGCCGUGUUUGGAAUAGUUUGCGGCAGAGUAUCGUUAAUAAGUUCUACGUCAACGAGCCGCCUAUAGUCCAGCAUGCUGGUGACGGCAUUGGUGAAGACGCUUGGGCAUGGAAGACUCUCAAAAUGCUCAGAGAGGAAAUGCUCGCGCCUAAACUGAUGCCCCCGGGAGAGGUAUUCGUGGUUGAGACCAUGCGCGUCCUUCAGCGGGACGCUUUCACGUCUGGUCUGGGUGAUGAUGGCCACCCGCGGCUGGGUCGUCCUGCAACGAGAGUCCAGCUCAAGUUUAUUCGAGACGUCGAAUCCGUCUUUGGAGAAAUGAGAUUCGGAUCAGGAAUGUUCAGUGACCACAAUCCUGCACGUUAUGAAGCAAGCCUCGCGGCGCUCUCGCGUGGUAUUUUAGAUGACUGA